AUGCUACUGCGGAAAAUAAUUGCGACUGUCAAAGGACUAGAGGAUCCCAAAUAUCCUCUAUUGGGCCCUAAUCUGACGGGCCUUUAUUGGUUUGGCCUUUGGCAAUGUGGAAAUAAAAUACGAGACGGCCUCUUCAAUUUUUUACAUGUCUGCUCCUUACUUUUUGUGGCGAGCGAAUUUGUCGAACUGUACUUUAUGAGGAAUGACUUGAUGAGAGUGCUUUUUAACGUUUCCGUGACCACUCUGAGCCUGGUCGCCAUAAGCAAAACGAUGACUUUUAUUUAUUACCUCCCCCGUUGGAGGGUACUUUGCAAAAAUAUUUCAGCAGAAGAAAUCGACGCAACAAAAAACGGAGAUCCGGUGGUAAAAAGUCUGAUGCGAAAAUACACUGUUUAUUCACGCAAAAUUACUUAUUUAUUUUGGUCGGUGAUGUUUUUAACCAAUGUUGUGACUUUAACGUCGCCAUUUUUAAAGUACCUCACUGUACAGAGUUAUCGUGAAAUGGUGAAGAACGGCACCGAACCGUAUCCGCAGAUUUUAAGCUCCUGGUUUCCUUGUGAUAAAACGAAAAUGCCGGGAUAUUUCGUUGCUAUAGCGGUCCAUAUAAUAAUGACUAGUCAAGGAACCGGUGUUGUCGCCGUUUACGAUGCUAAUGCAGUUGCGAUUAUGGCGUUUUUAAAGGGACAAAUGAUGAUUCUGCGAUACAAAGCUAAUAGAAUAUUUGGAGGCAAAAAUGAGAUUCCACGACAUGAGAUUUUGGCAAAUAUAAAAGAGUGCCAUCGGUUGCAUAACUUUUUUAUUGAACAAUAUUACUCGUUCAACUCUAUAAUUUCGCCAGUUAUGUUUAUUUAUGUACUGGUUUGUUCGAUUAUGAUUUGUUGCAGUGUAGUGCAGCUCAGUGUGGGAGAUGUUACUAUGUCUCAAAAGUUAUGGGUUUUUGAAUACACUUCGGCAAUGGGUGUUCAACUCUUUUUGUAUUGUUGGCAUAGCAAUGAAAUCGCGUAUGAGAGUUACGACGUCGACCAAGGUGUCUACAGUAGCAACUGGUGGCGAGCCGACGUGCAAGUCCGCAGGCAAGUCCUGCUACUGGCGGGCAAGUUGUCACCCUCGUACAUCCUACAAGCGGGGCCGUUCACGAAUUUUUCCAUGGCCACGUUUAUUAACAUUUUGAAAGGCUCUUACAGUUUUUAUACCUUAUUUACACAAAUGCAAGAAAAAUAA